AUGGGAGGUUCUAGUAGUCUGUCGAACGUUUUUGAUAUGCCCAAUGGUAAGAAACGCAAGGUGAAAGCUCCAAAACAGCAAAACCUAUAUAAUCAAGUUCGGCCAAUAUCCCUAGGUCAAAACCGAAACAUUGAUCAGAAGGAAGCAACCGUGAGGCGAAAAGAGAUGUCCGACAAGGAACGAACUGAAUUGCUUCAACGAAUCAUAGAAGACGGUAAUCAGAAACAUCCUUCUGGGCUUAGGGAGUUUAUUCUGGGCUGCUUCCAACUAGCUGAACAUAAUAAAUUUGACCAAAAGUCAAAUCUAGUUCUAGUCCAGCAGCUGAAAGAUCUGAUCGGAAAGGCGUAUGUGGAGAAAAAGGAGUCUCGCAAUGAUUGGUGGUCACAAACGUUACCUUGUCUGACAAAGAACUCGACAAACCUGCAAUUGGUAUGUGAUGGACCGCAGAAAGAUCAGCUUUCAGGAUUUGUACCGCCGCCUCCUCCUCCACCUCCACCUCCACCUCCACCUAGCGCUCUCAAAAAAAAACCUUCACCACCAAAGCCUAUUGGUAGACAUGUAUCAAACGUUGUUUCUGGUCCAUCACCAUCGGUCACUAACAUGAAAAAGCCAACAGAAGCAGAAAGAAGAAAAAAACGUAUGGAACGGUUCUCGGUCGUUUCAGCUGCUUCUAAGAAUGAUAGAGCUACUUCGGAUGAAAAUUUCGCCAACUUGAACGCUAUUUCGACCAAUUUUUACAAGUUCGACAAGAACAAACCGGUCGUGGGAAGAUGCCAGACGCUCGAAAAGAAGUACUUGAGAUUAACCUCGGAGCCCAACCCUGACCUUGUGCGUCCCUUGAAUGUUCUUAAAAAAGCAUUUGAGUUGGUGUUACGGAAAUAUACGGAAAAGGAAGCCUCGUACUCUUAUCUAUGCGAUCAAUUCAAGUCAUUGCGACAGGACCUGAGGGUCCAAAUUAUAGAGAAUCAAUUCACACUAAAGGUUUAUCAGACGCAUGCAAGGAUUGCACUUGAGAAUAAAGACAUUGGGGAGUUCAAUCAGUGCCAAAGCAGGCUGGGGCAGCUUUUUGAGCUCCCGAACUUGACGAAGUCCAAUUUAGAAGAGUUUGUGGGCUAUAGAAUACUAUAUCAUUUGAUGAUGAACAACUUCAAUUCAAUCAACGAUCUGAAAUUAAAGUAUUCACGAAGCGAAAAUCUUGCCGUUUACAGGCAUCCCAUUGUCAAGCACGCUUUAAACCUGGCAAGAACACUUCUACUAGGCGACUAUCACGGCUUUUUCAAAUUGUAUGCGAACAGUUUGGGUCCCUCUAGAUGCCUGAUAGACACAUUCAUAAAUCGCGAAAGGCUUCGAGCUUUAAACACCAUCUCGAAAAGCUAUAAUCAAAUCUCUUUAAGCUUCUUGUUUGCAGAGCUUCAACUAGAGAAUCACGAAAUAGGCAUGGCUUUUCUGCAUCAGCUCGGUCUUGAAAAGCACAUUGUAGUCAAAAAUGGCGCCGACGACAAAAAGAAUGCCAUCCUCAACACCAAGACUAGUAGAAUUUCAAUCAUGCAGCAAUAUGAAAAGGCCAAAAAAGUUGAUAUCAAAGGUCAAAUAUGA